AUGACCUCAAAGGCCCCAUCGAGGCAGCUAACAGAUAUCUUGCGCAGGAACAACAAGGAGACGCUCCUGCGCAAUGCUGCGGAGUUGGCUUGGGUCUCCGCAUCAGUCUCGGCGGAGGAUUUACAGACACGAUUUCUUCGCAAUAUGCACCUCAUUAGUCCCAAGUCGCUGCGACUGCUCUGCGAUGAGGCCGUGCUGUCGCGCUGGUUCACUUUUGCUGUGUACAAGCCACCGUUCUGCCCGAUGCGUCGCAUGGAGGCCGGCGGGAACUACCAUCGUGUGUCAGUAGAGUCGUUUGUGGAGGCAGCGUUGCGCUCCCGCACAGUGCAUCCGGUGCUGCGGCGUGAGCUGCGCCCGGAGGAGGUGAAGGUGCGUGUUGUCAAUGACGUGGACGUGUACGCGUCCGGCCCGGUGGUGGUGACCGUGGCGGACUUGCACGCCUUUUCGACCUCCCUGCAGGAUGUGACAAUGCGGUACGAUGUCAUUGUCGCCGGCCACAUGCCGUUGACGGAGCCGCGCGCAGUGGAGGCCGGUCAUCUCUUUGCGCUGCGGUGCAGUGACGAUUGCGGUCUCCCUAACACCACGAGACGUGUCACACAAUCGUCGACGGAGGCCGCCUCGUCGUCGUGUGUCUGCACGCACCAGGUGAAGCGAAAUGCGUAUUACUCGGUACACCCUGUCAGCCUUGUGGAGUUUACCAUCACGGCGCCUCCCACCCCGCUUCCCCCGCGCCUUGAGACGUUUGUUCGCGAGCAUCUUGGCACCUUUGUUCUGGGCGACCCUGACGCCCAGGUGCCUGCUGCAAAGAUGAAGCGUACGGCGAGGAGUCCACACCCCACGAUGGCAGCAGCAGACGAGUCCGAGGCGGCGGCUAAGGCGGCGUGGAAUGUGGUCGCCAUGCAUGGCGACUACGACUUCCCACGUGUGUUUACGCAUCUGCGCGAGGUCAGCAUUAAUGCAGAUGUGGCAGAUGCGGCUGGCGGCGUCGCGGCGAAAAAGUCUAUUGAAUUUCACUGUCGCAAGUGCUUUGAGCCUAUUCUCCAGCGAGAGCGCGUCUAUAGUCCGAAGGGGCGGCGUAUCGGGCUGCUUGACGGUUUCUGGACUCCCGAGGCUGAGUUCCUGUGA